AUGUUCGCUGCUAAGACUAUCACCAUCUUCGCCGCAGCUUUAGCUACCCUCUACUCUGCAGUCUCCGCAGCUCCAACCCCAACAAAGAACGAAGUCGCCGCCCGCCAGAUUGCUCCUGCCGGCGCCACUCAUUCCGUCGUUGUCGGCCGCGGUGGUCUCCGCUUCGACCCAGACAACAUCGUCGCCGAACCCGGUGACAUCGUUGAAUUCCACUUCCUCCCACGCAACCACUCCGUUGCUCAAUCUAACUUCGCCAAUCCAUGCCAGCCAAUCGGUUCCACCGCUUUCUUCUCUGGCUUCGUCCCCAUUGCUUAUGGACAAGCUCCUGAUGUCUUCCAGAUCACCGUUGAAGAUAGAAAUCCAAUUUGGUUCUACUGCUCGCAGACUACGGGAAAUCACUGCCAGAGCGGUAUGAGCGGUGUUAUCAAUCAGAACUUUGAUUCUAAUGAGUUCACCCUUGCUAGGUAUAGGGCUAGAGCUGCUGAGAUUGGUGGUGUUUCUACUUCUCCUGCGGCUGUUGGUGGUAACCUCGCCGCUCGCGUUCUUCCUAACCCUAACCCACUCAGCGGAUUCUAA